AUACAAAAACACUACUUCGUGUUAAUCCACUCACACACACGCGCUCUGUAGGAAAACUUGUCCCUUUCUCUCUCUAGAAAUCCCUUUAUCAAUGGCAUCCCCACGGGAGGAGAGCGUGUACAUGGCCAAGCUGGCCGAGCAGGCCGAGCGUUACGAAGAGAUGGUGGAGUUCAUGGAGAAAGUCGUCGCGGCGUCAGAAGGCGGCGAGGAAUUGACGGUUGAGGAGCGUAACCUCCUCUCCGUGGCCUACAAGAACGUUAUUGGCGCUCGCCGAGCUUCAUGGAGGAUCAUAUCGUCGAUCGAGCAGAAGGAGGAGAGCCGGGGCAACGAGAGCCACGUUUCAGCCAUCAAGGGUUACAGAUCUAAGAUCGAGUCAGAGCUCUCAAACAUCUGCGAUGGGAUUUUGAAACUUCUCGACUCAAAACUCAUCGGAUCCGCCUCCAGUGGUGACUCCAAGGUCUUCUACUUGAAGAUGAAGGGUGAUUAUCACCGCUACUUGGCAGAGUUUAAGACUGGUGCCGAGCGGAAAGAGGCCGCCGAAAACACUCUCUCGGCUUACAAAUCGGCUCAGGACAUUGCGAUUGCUGAGCUUGCCCCAACACAUCCAAUCCGGCUUGGACUAGCGCUCAAUUUCUCAGUCUUUUACUAUGAGAUUUUGAAUUCUCCUGAUCGUGCUUGUAAUCUUGCCAAACAGGCUUUUGACGAGGCAAUUGCGGAAUUGGACACUCUUGGAGAGGAGUCUUACAAGGAUAGCACUCUGAUCAUGCAACUUCUCCGUGAUAACCUCACUUUGUGGACUUCCGAUAUGCAGGAUGAUGGUUCUGAGGAGAUCAAGGAAGCACCAAAGCCGGAUAAUGAGUAGUUAAGUUUGUGUUUUUAGCAUUUGGGUGUUUUUCUAUUUAUUGUUAGUGUUGCUUUUUAUUUUUUGAAUUAAAACUGCUGCUUGUAGCCAGUAUUCUGCUUUCUUGUCUACUUGUUUGCUGAAUUUCCAACUUUAGAAGCUAAUUUUCACCAAUUUGUUAGUCUCUCUUUUUCA